CCUCCAUUAUAUUUUCAUUUAUUAUUUAAUCACACACAAAACAAAUUAAUACCAUCCCUAAUCCACCAUUAAUUAAUAUCACCUCUCUUCCAUUCCAUGCAAUGAGACUUGCAGUCUUUUUGUGGCUUUUCUUGAUGCCCAUUUACUCACUUUUCCUAAUUAGCAUUCCUGUCUUUGGCGUGUCUGGCCAAUGUUUCGGCAAUCAGCAGUCCUUGUUACUGCAAUUGAAGAACAAUGACCUUACAUUCAAUCCUGCUAUGUCCAACAAACUUGUUAAGUGGAAUCAAAGUGUUGAUUGCUGUUUUUGGGAAGGUGUAACUUGCCAUGAGGGACGUGUUAUUGGUCUCGACUUGACCAAUGAAUCCAUCUCGGGUAGACUUUACAAUUCAAGCAGCCUCUUCAGUCUUCAGUAUCUCCAGAGCCUGAGUUUGGCUUACAACGACUUCAACUUUUCUCACAUUCCAUCAAAGUUUGACAAGCUGGCGAAUUUGAGUUAUUUAAAUCUAUCAUACACCAGCUUUGCAGGGCAAAUUCCUAUUGCGAUUUCACGUUUGACAAGGUUGGUUACUCUUGAUUUAUCUGGCAAUUAUCACACCUACGAAACUGGUUAUUCCCUGACACUUGAGAAUCCAAAUUUAAAUAUGCUCGUUCAGAACCUUUCGGAGCUUAUGGAACUUCAUCUUGAUGAUGUAGUUAUAUCAACGCAAGGUAAGGAGUGGUGUCAUGUCUUAUCAUCUUCGUUGCCAAAUCUAAGAGUGUUGAGCUUGUCAAACUGCUAUCUUUCAGGCCCUAUUGAUUCCUCAUUACGGAAUCUUAAGUCCCUCUCAGUUAUUCGUUUGAAUGGUUCUUUGCCAGAAUUUCCUCCGAAUGGAUCUCUUCGAACCAUGGUGCUUAGGAGCACAAAUUUUUCUGGGACAUUGCCACAUUCUAUUGGCAAUUUUAAAAUGUUGUCAACAAUAGAUCUUUCGAAUUGCAAUUUCAGAGGAUCAAUUCCAGACUCAAUGGCGAGCCUCACACAAUUGGUCUAUUUGGACAUGUCAUUAAACAUGUUUAGUGGAUCAAUUCCAGUAUUUAGCAUGGCCAAGAAUCUGACCAACCUAGACCUUUCUUCCAUUAAUCUCACUGGUCAAAUUACUUCAACUCAGUGGGAAGAACUUCAACAUCUAGAGAUUCUUGAUUUAAGUUACAAUUCACUGAAUGGGGAUAUUCCAAUUUCAUUGUUUUCCCUCCCAUCAUUGCAGACAUUACAACUUUCCAAUAACCAAUUUUCUGGGCAACUCAAGGAAUUUUCCAACAUUUCUUCUUACAAACUAGAAGAGCUUGAUUUGAGCAAAAACGAGUUGGAAGGGACAAUACCCAUAUCUAUCUUUCAACUUCGAGGUCUUGUAAUCCUCCUCCUUUCUUCAAACAACUUUGAUGGCUCCAAUUUGUUGGUUGAAUAUAGUGGUUUUAACCUUUCGUCUUCCCAUGUUCCCCAAAUUGCUUGGUUAGGCUUGGCUUCUAGCAAGUUGAAAAAAAUUCCUGAUUUCUGUAGAAACCAAUCCAUGUUAUACUCUUUAGACCUUUCAAGGAACCAGAUAUAUGGAGAGAUGCCUAAUUGGAUCUGGAAACUUCCCCAACUUAGAUUUCUAAAUCUCUCUUAUAACUACUUGGUCACUCUCAAAGGACCUAUCUCCAAUCUCUCUUUUAUUGCGAGAUCUCUAGACUUUCGAUCCAACCAGUUCCAAGGCCAACUCCCAGUUGUCCCACCUAUCAGCUACUUGGAUUUCUCCAUGAAUGAUUUUCAUUCUGCCUUACCAGCUAGCAUCGGUCAGUCCCUUGAAUCCGCACAAUUCUUUUCUAUUUCAAGUAAUAAAUUAUAUGGGAGUAUCCCUGGAUCAAUAUGCAAUUAUACAAAUCUUCGAUUUCUUGAUCUGUCUGAUAAUUACUUCGGUGGCAUAAUUCCCCAAUGCUUGAUUGAGAUGAGUGGGGCUUUUCUUCAGGUGUUGAGUCUAAGGAGAAACAAUCUCAAUGGUACAAUUCCUAAUACUUUUCCAGAGUCUUGUUAUUUGCAAACUUUAGCUAUCAAUAAAAACCAUCUAGAGGGAAAGUUGCCGAAAUCUCUAAAGAAUUGCCAUUUAUUGGAGGUCUUGGACAUUGGGAACAACCACAUCAAGGACACCUUCCCAUUUCACUUGAAUGGAUUAACCCUAUUGAAGGUUCUUAUUUUGCAAUCUAACAAAUUUUAUGGGCCCAUUGGUCAUCCAGAGCUUGCCCCUUGGCCGAUGCUUCAAAUCAUAGAUGUAGCUUCAAACAAUUUUACCGGUAACCUUCCAAUAGUACUCCUUUCUACUUGGAUGGCAAUGAUGGAUCAUGCACAUGAGGCCAAAUCUAAACUCAAUCACAUCCAAGUUCAAAUUGGUACUUUUUACUAUCAAGAUAAAGUAACAGUUAUUAGCAAGGGUUUAGAGGUGGAGCUGGUGAAGAUCCUAACUAUCUUCACCACCAUUGAUUUUUCUUGCAACAACUUUGAUGGUCCUAUACCUGAAGAAAUUGGAGAAUUCACAUUGUUAUAUAUUCUCAACUUGUCGCAUAAUGCUUUUACGGGCCAAAUCCCAGCAUCUCUAGGGAAAUUGAGUAAUCUUGAGUCAUUAGACUUGUCAAGCAACAAGCUUACUGGAGAGAUUCCUAUACAACUCGCCAAUGGUCUUAUUUUCCUUUCGGUCCUCAACCUUUCCUUCAACCAAUUGGUGGGACAUAUUCCAUUUAUUAAGCAAUUCUCUACAUUUUCUGAAAAUUCCUUCAAAGGAAACGAAAGAUUAUGUGGUUUGCCUUUGAAAUCACAGUGCUCACAUGAGGAGCCACGAUUGUCACCUUCAACGUAUAAAGAAUCUCAUAGGAGUAUGAUUGAGUGGAAUUACAUAAGUGCUGAACUGGGAUUUGUUUUUGGGUUUGGAAUUGUAAUGGGGCCCCUUAUGUUUUGGAAGAGGUGGAGGAUAUGGUAUUACAAACAUGUUGAUGACAUUCUUUUCAAGAUCUUCCCUAAGCUGUAUCUUGGAAAUGAAUAUCAUCGAAGACCAGCACUCAACAAUCAGCAGCCGAGGCACUAGUUGUAGUUAUGAUUAGAGGCAACACCUCCAGGUUUGUCAAGAAAAUCUCUUGCUUUUUACUUUCAAUAUAAAUCAAAAUGAAAAUUUAUCCACAUAAUUGGAUGCCAGCGUUUUCUUAAGGCAUGAUUCCAAUGGCAAAUGUAACUUCACAUAGCAACCCAAAUGAAGAAUGCCACAUUUCCAAGCAUCUUAUUUGCAGAAAUACAUGUGGGCUUCCAUAGGAAUCGAAGAUGCCUUGAAUCAAAUGGCCUCUUAUGACCAGUUCUUCACAAUUCAUUAUGUAUCUUUAAUUAGUAAUUAGUUGUAGUGACUCUGAUGCAGCUAGGGGGGAAUGUUCUUGAAUUUGAGCAGUAGAAAGUGACUUUUGAUUGAAAGGACUAACU